CCGGAACGUGCGGAGAUGAGCAGCACACCAGUGAGCGGUGGCGCUGAGUGCGCGAGUCACCAACAGCACCAGCACCAGCACCAGCAGUCGUGGGCAGAUGAGGUUGCACGGUGCGCAUUAGAAACAUACAAGAAGCUGCCUCGACAAGGGAAGCCCAAGGCAGAUAAUGAAUGGACAGUCAUGGCGGCCAUCGUGCUCCAAACAGCGCCUCACACUAUGAAGACGGUUGCGUUAGCUACGGGAAGCAAGUGCAUUGGGAUUGAGCUGCUGGAUUCCUCCGGCGACAUUGUCAUCGAUGCCCACGCCGAAGUACUGGCCCGCCGUGCAUUCCAAUGGUAUUUGACACAGCAGAUCCAACUUGCGCUGAAAGGCCAGAGCGAACUGCUGACAUUUGUGCACAGCGUUGAGCCCAGUCCCAUGGAUGAUGGUGAUGAUGACGGUGAUGAUGGUGAUGAAGAUGAGCAGGGGAAGGAGGAGAAGAAGGAAGGGGAUGGGAAGGACGAGGAUGGGAAGCAAGUAGACAACAGCGGCCCAAUGUCUGCAAUCAAGGCCCCACUUCGCGUCAAAGAUAACUGCUCACUUCACCUCUACGUGUCGCACGCACCUUGCGGCGACGCGUCCAUCUUUGAAGUGGACAUCAGCACCGAAGACGCCGCUUCUUCCCGCGCAACGCAGGACGACGCUGUGGGCACCGCCACAACACCAACGAUUGCGGCAGCAGAAUCGGCAACAGCAACAGCGACAAAUGACGCACGCGGCGUCGAUGCGGUGCCAUGCAAGCGCGCGAAACGCGACCAGCACCGCACGGGCGCAAAGCCGGUUCCCUCUGCCACCUCGGACCCGGUGCUACCGGGCGUCCAAUAUCACACAACAGGCACGCUUCGCACCAAGCCUGGACGCGGGCCACCGUCUCACUCCAUGUCGUGCUCAGACAAGAUCUUGCGGUGGACCUACCUCGGCCUUCAAGGCGCGCUCCUUCCUGCUGUCCUUGCGCAGCCGGUGGUUUUGUCCUCCAUUGUUGUUGGCGAGCACUUUGAUGUGGAGGCGCUGACACGUGCGCUGCAGUCAAGGAUUGACGGCAUUUCCUCGUGCGGACCGUUCAAGCAAACAAAGCUGCGCAUUGGAGCGGCGUCCGUCUCGUUCCCGGACGCAAAGGGCGAGCGGGCGAAUAUCUGUACAGCGCAGAAGACACACCCAACCACGGCAGCGGCACCGCCUGCCAAGAUGAUUGCCCUCUCCGCUGGCAUUGUGUACGCUGCUGCAAGCGCCAGUGCAGAUGACGGUGCAAAGAAAGGAAAUAGGGCCAACAGCAAGCCGUUGCGAGAAGUGCUGGUGAAAGGAAUCAAGCAAGGCGCAUCCCGCAAAAAACACAAGCCGGAGCACUUCAGGUCGGCGGUGUGCAAGCGCGAGCUGGCCGGUGGCGCCGUUGCAGCGAUCGCGCACGUGUUUGAUGUGAUGCGGCAAUACCAGCACAGUGGCCGAAGAAGACAUGUACCGGGAGCAGGUGAUGGUGGAGGCAUGAACACGGACAGCGCCGACAGCAGCCGUGCUGGCCGUGCUGGUUAUGCUGCGAGGAGUUGUGGUGAUGGCACCAGUGACGUUGGUUCGGAUGUUCCCUACACCACAGAUAGGCAAAGCGAAGCGGGGCAGCAGCAGCAGCACUCGUCUGUGUCAUAUGCGUCAUUGAAGCAACACAUGUGUCCCGUGUACAGCAAGGCAAGGCACACGUUUCAAACGCACGUGCGGCAUUGGCGAGGAAAUGCUGCCGCCAACACGGACAAUUUUUCCGUCGCCAUUCCACCACAGCUGAUGCACGUUUGCACAGUAAGUUCCAACACGUCAUAGCGUGUGUGUGCGUGCGUGUGUGUGUGCUUGUGUGUAAGUGUGUGAGUGGAAAGGGUUGCGAGCGCUGCAAUUGCUCGAUUGAUGCGAACGUGAUUGCGUGUAAUUAAAAGAAAAUGCACGUCCUAAUGCAAAACCAGC